AUGCUUAAGGAAAAUUAUGGUUACCCAGAUACUCUUGACUUUAGUGACAGAUAUAAAGAAGCUAUUAGAAAGUUCAAGGAAGGAAAUACUGACCCGAACCUAUUUAGCUUUAUGGUUCAGCACCAAAUGGGAUAUAAUUUCAAACCUGGAAAAUACAAGCUCGCUAAGGGAUAUGAUUUAAUAGCAUAUCAUCCAAAUGACAUGAAUGAAUUUACUCCGAGAUAUUUGGUGUCAGAGAUAAAUGAUAAUUCAACUAUCUUCAUGAAACGCGUAAAAAAUAGAGACGGAACGAAAGAAGAAAGGGUUAUGAAUGCGGAUGGCUUAAAUAGGGAACUUGUUAAAAACGGUCCCGGAAUAUAUGAAAUGCCAGCAGAUGAGGUACAAGAAACUCCACAGGAAGAAGUUCAGAUACAACCAGACAUGGAAGAAAUAGUUCAGCAACAACAGCUAGAAGAGCCUGAAGGAAACGAACAAGUCCCUCCUUUGGAAACUAACUUCACAGAACUAGAUGAAGAUUUGGAACAGCCGAAAAAUCUUGACCCUCAACAAGAGUAUGCGGAGAAUAUGGAAUCUUUCCAAGAGUCUAAGAAAAAUUCGGCUGACAUAGUAGAAGAAUAUCGAAAAAUGUUCGCCGACAUACAAAAGACUCCAACAUCAGAUGAAAAUAUUCAGCAUAGAAUGGAAGUACUGAAAGAAAAUGUACGCAAAUACAACAAUCCUUUUUACUUACGACCAUAUAACGUUCAAUCUUUGGCUGAACUCGGUGAAAAUAAAAGGUUAAAUUUCAACAAAACAUAUAGAAAUGAAACAUUGUUUAAAGUUCAUUCAGA